UAUAAAAUGCCAGCGUUUGCAUAAAAUGUGUGAGGGAGAGAGGAGGAAGGAGGAAAAGAAAGUAAUUAAAAAGGGGAAGGGUGGAUAUGGUUUAUUUGUGAAGAGAUUUGAUCGGAACAUGAUGUUACGAAUAAGUCUCCUGCUCAUUCUGCUCUCACGCUCUGUCCACUCGACCCUGCUGGGAUGGGUGGAGUCUCCAGGGUAUCCCAGUGGGUAUCUGCCCCAUGCUAGUCUGAACUGGAGCAGGUGUGCCCCCAAAGGUCACACCAUCUCCAUCAGGUUCAUCCACCUGGACCUGGAGGACAGCCGGGACUGUGAAAACGACGCUGUGAAGGUCUUUUCCAAUGGAAAUCUUAUUUCUGUACUGUGUGGCAAAAAGGAUUUGGAGGAGCUUCAGUCGACUGUCAAUCCCUCACUGCUCUCCUCCCCUGGUGGUUGUCUCUCUCUGUCUUUCCACUCGGACUACUCUAACACAAAGAGGCACACCGGCUUCAGAGGCUUUUAUUCCGAUCAAGACUUUGACGAAUGUGAGGAUGACCCAGACAACGGCUGCACCCAGUUCUGUCACAACUUCAUCGGAGGAUACCUCUGCUCCUGCCGCCAUGGCUACCACCUGGACAAGGACAAGCACACUUGCACUGUGAGCUGUUCUAAGGAUCUGUCUGGGCUGAAAACAGGGGACGUCUCCAGCCCCUCCUGGCCGGCUUCAUAUGCAGAGAACUCCAACUGUCGGUACACCCUGUCUGUGGAGAAACACCUGCAGCUGGAGCUUCAUUUCUCCGAUGGCUUCGACGUGGAGCAGAACUCUGACGGUCAAUGCAUAGACACAGUGAGGGUUGAGACUCCCUCUCGGACUCUGGGGCCUUUCUGCGGAGAAACACCUCCCCCAUCUCCCCUCCUUACUCACGCCAGUCAUGUCCAAAUCCACUUCACCUCUGAUAGUUUUGGCACCAACAAAGGCUUCUCUCUCCACUUUCAAACCAGAGACAAGGUCUGUCUGUCAGAGGUGACACCACACUCUACUACGUCUCCUCAACAAACACAAUAUCCUCAGGGUCAAACUGUGACAGUCACUUGUGAUCUCGGCUAUGUUGUAAACACUCUAGGGACUCGGGCCCUGUCAACAGAGUACGAGACUACAUGUCAGAACACGGGCGUAUGGACUCCCGAUUACAACUGUGAACCUGUGGAUUGUAGUCUUCCGAGUAUCCCAGACGAUGGCAUCCUUCAGUUGGUGGGCUCAGAUAUCACAGAAACUGAGUAUAACGCCCAGAUCACGUUCAACUGCAGCUCCAAGUAUUACAAACUGGAAGGAGAUGAAACAUACACUUGUAGUGCUAAUGGUGAAUGGGUAUCUAGUGGAGGCAAGAUGGAGAUGCCAAAAUGUGUUGAAGUUUGCGGGACGCCUGAAAAACAUACUGCCAGUGCGGGCCGGAUCUUGGGUGGUCAGGACGCAAACCUGGGAGAAAUACCAUGGCAUCUUUUAAUAAAAGAACCAAAAAGAGGAGGAGCGUCACUGAUAAAUGACCGCUGGGCUGUGACUGCUGCUCAUGUAGUGGAGGAUGUGCAGGAGAGCGCACUGCGCGUGUUUGGGGGACUGGUUCAUAGAGAGGCAAUGACAAACAGGUUCUCAAAUGUAGCUGAGAUGGGCAUAGAGCGUAUCAUUAUUCAUCCCCGCUACAUCACAGGCGUCAGAGAUCGCACCAAUUUUGACAAUGAUAUUGCUCUCAUCAGAUUGGCUUCCAGGGUAACUUUAGGCCCAAACAUCCUUCCUAUAUGUCUUCCAGAAGGAAACAGAGGUUUGUUGGACAAUGAACAGGGCACAGUAUCAGGCUGGGGGAUGACAGAAGGGCCGCAAGGUUUCCAUCAGUCCGGCACAUUAAAAUAUGUCGAUAUCGGGGUCUACUCCCUCGCACAGUGUCAGGAUACACCUUACACAAAAAGCAAAAAACGCACCGUUUUCACCAACAACAUGUUCUGUGCCGGAGCAACAGGAAAGGACAGCUGCCAGAAAGACAGUGGAGGUCCCUUUGUUCUGCCUGUGUUGAGUGAAGAGGGGCCGUAUUAUUUGACCGGCAUUGUGUCCUGGGGACCCCCAUGUCGGGACAGGCAGUACAAGGGUUACUAUACCAAGGUGGAAAAUUAUGUGGACUGGAUUAAAACGACCAUAGAUGCAGUAGAAACAUCUAUCAAUGAAGAAAUAUUUGCUACACUCUUGAAAUACAGACUUUGUGACAUUAAAGUUUCACUUGACAGCGGGUCAUUUGCUGCUCUGCAUAUCAGUUCACUAAAGGACUCGAUAUUUAAUGCCGAGAUGGGGUUGAAGACAAGCAUCAUCUGGUUUCUGUUUUUGUCAAUGAGUGAGUGCUGGCGGCUGCCUGAACCAGACCCUCCAAUGCACGGGGAGGUCCGGUCCCCCCAGUACCCCCAGCCUUACCCUCCUAACAUGCUGGAGCAGUGGGACCUCAGUGUGGCAGAGGGUUACCGGAUCAGACUCACCUUCACACACCUGGACAUUGAAGCUUCUGCAGAAUGCCAUUGUGAUGCCCUAACAGUCCUUUAUGGUGAAAAGGUUUUGGGGAAGUUUUGUGGCCAUGAGAAUUCUGCUGAUGUGCAGCACCCUGGCAACCAGCCCAUCUUGUCUCCAGGCAACAAACUCACCCUCAUUUUUCAGUCAGACAACAGUAACCCAGAGCGGCACCAGAACCUGGGCUUCUCUGCUCAGUACCAGGCUAUAGACAUAGACGAGUGCUCUGCACCUGAACCUGCAGACGGCUCCGGUCCACUCUGUUCUCAGAUCUGCCUUAACACCCUCGGCUCGUACCUCUGCUCCUGUCACCAUGGCUACGAGCUUCGUUCAGACCAACGCUCCUGCAUGUUAUCCUGUGGUGGUGGUAUAUUUGACGAGCCAGAGGGACAUCUUUUCAGUCCAGGAUACCCUAAGCCCCCCCUCCAUGCUGUGUCUUGUCAGUACAUCAUUUCAGUAGAACGUGGCUUUGUUGUCUCUCUUAACUUCACUGACAACUUCCACAUCGAGAGCAUGGACACUGAGCAAGGCCCAAACUGUCUCUAUCACUGGCUACAGGUGACCAUUCCAGACAGAGAGCCUGUGAAGCUGUGUGGUGGAAGGAGUCCAGGUGUGAUAGAGACAAACUCCAACACCGUGAGGCUGGACUACCACACUGAUGAUGACGGCCUGAGCCUCGGCUGGAGCCUGGAUUACAGCACACACAGAGUGAAGUGUCCAUUUCCUGGUACUCUCGCAAAGGGCAGGGUCACUCCUUUCUUGACUGAAUACUUCUACAGAGACUACAUCUCUGUGCGCUGUGACCAAGGAUACAUGCUCAUGAUGAAUGGUUUGGAGAUUGACAGUUUCUCUGCCAUGUGCCAAAGCGACGGACAGUGGCACCUCCCGCUGCCAGAAUGUCAAAUAAUUGAUUGUGGAGAACCUGAACCUUUGUUGAAUGGAGGCGUGACCUUCCUGUCUGGAUUUCAGAAUCAGUACCUCUCUGUAGUUCAGUAUAACUGUAAUGAACCUUUUUACUCUCUCCUUGGCGGUGUAACUGCGACCUUCACUUGUGAAGCAGACAGAAACUGGAGAUCAAACAACAACAUCAUUGUACGUCCAGCAUGCUUACCAGUGUGCGGCAAGCCCACAGAGGAGAUUUCCAACAUUCAGAGGAUCAUUGGAGGCAGUGACGCUCAGGCUAACACCAUCCCCUGGCAGGUUUUAUUAAACGUGGAUGGAGGAAGAGGAGGAGGCAUGGUGAUCGCAGACAGAUGGAUUAUGACUGCAGCUCAUGUCCUAAAACGAAAUAGAGAGACAGUAUCAACUGCAUCUAUAAAGAUUUACAUGGGAGGUAAUUAUGUUAAUGACAUAAUGGACUCUGUGGUGAAUUCCUCCUCAGUCCACAUUCAUCCUGAUUACAACAACCCAAACAACAUAGACUACAACAACGACAUCGCUUUGAUCAAACUGCAGAACCCACUCACGUUCAACUCAUCACUUAUGCCAAUAUGUUUGCCAGGAGAGGAUGCCACAUAUCUCACUGGCAUAGUCGGAGUGGUGUCAGGCUUUGGCCAAAUAAAAACCGAAAACCGACGGCAGUUGACAAAUAGGCUAAAAUAUGUGGAGCUCCCGUUGGUAGAACAGGAGAUGUGCCAUAAUUCAAUCAAUAAGGUGAAGAAGAUAAGGAAUAAUGUACCUACUCUGACAAAUAACAUGUUUUGUGCUGGAAUGCCUGAGGGUGGGAAGGACUCCUGCCAGGGUGACAGUGGAGGCCCCUUCGCCCUGAUGGACAACAGGCGCUUCUGGGCUGCUGGGAUUGUCAGCUGGGGGGUCGACUGUGGACGCAGAGAAACCUACGGAGUGUAUACCAGAGUCCUCAACUACAUUGACUGGAUCAACAAGAUUAUGAAGGAGAACUGAAACCAUCAGUUAAAAGAAAUGUGAUGUGAAGAUAUUGAUGCAGCACAAGUAAACAACAACAUUUAAAAUAAAAUGAAAGAAAACAUUA